AUAAAAUAGAUAUACCUAUGACCGAAAAAGAAAAAGAAAAAGAAAAAGAAAAAAAAAAAAGAAACGAAGAAGACGAAAUAUACCCACAUUUCAGAAAAUAUGUUCAAUCCGACUUUAAUUUUACGUAAAUGGAAUACCUAUGCGGGUGGCCAAACUGAAUAUUUUACCCUGGGCCAAAUUGAAUGGCUGCCACGACGACGUAUUGCUCUAUCCCCGUCCUACCAGUCGCUCAGACAAUAUAAGGCCUUUCAUUCGUUCACCUAAUUAUAUCCUCCAUUAUCAGAGCAUUAAUAAAAUGCUGAAAUCAACCUUUGCUCCUAUUUUCUCGGCCUUUCCCGCCAAACACAGAACCCGACAACCUUCUUCCACCGCCGUUUUUAGAGUUUUCGCACAUACCCCAGAAAGUGUUCAACAAAAUGCCUCAGCCAACUCCCACACUAGCAUUCUUCCACCAUACCUGUUCCAUCCUACUUCAGCUUACGUCCACCUCCCUUUCUGUCGAAAAAGAUGCCAUUACUGUGACUUCCCAAUCGUCGCUCUUGGCUCUUCUUCGACCCAAAUCGACGACGACCCACGAAUCGUCAACUAUAUGCAGUUGCUUUCUCGGGAAAUCAAUGCUACGAGACCAGGAACUACGACAAACCCACCUCUGGAAACGGUGUUUUUUGGGGGUGGUACGCCUUCUCUUGUGCCGCCGAGUCUUGUUUCGUCGAUUUUGGAGACGUUGAGAUUGAAAUUUGGGCUGUGUUUGGAUGCUGAGAUAUCAAUGGAAAUGGACCCUGGGACUUUUGAUGCUAAGAAAAUGAAAGAGCUAAUGGACUUGGGUGUCAACAGGGUCUCCUUGGGAGUUCAGGCAUUUCAAGAAGAGUUACUGAAAGCUUGUGGGAGAGCACAUGGUCUCAAGGAGGUUUAUGAGGCUAUUGAGACUGUUAAGUCUUGUGGAGUUGAGAAUUGGAGUAUGGAUCUUAUCUCUUCUCUACCUCAUCAAACUCCAGAAAUGUGGGAAGAGAGUUUGAGGCUCACCAUUGAGCAACAACCCCAGCAUGUGUCAGUAUACGAUUUGCAAGUGGAGCAAGGCACGAAAUUUGGAGUGUUGUAUACACCAGGGGAGUUUCCAUUGCCCUCUGAAACACAAUCAGCUGAUUUCUAUAAAAUGGCUUCAAGAACACUUUCUGAUGCGGGUUACAACCACUAUGAAAUCAGUAGCUACUGCAAGAGCGGGUUCGAAUGCAAACACAACUUCACUUAUUGGAAGAACGAACCAUUCUAUGCUUUUGGCCUUGGUUCUGCUAGCUAUGUUGGUGGGUUGAGAUUUACAAGGCCAAAAAAGAUGAGAGAGUACAUGGGUUAUGUAGAGAAUUUGGAGAAUGGUUCUGUGGGUUGUAAUGAGAACAUUCAUAUUGAUGGCAAGGACAUGGCCAUGGAUGUUGUCAUGCUCUCUCUUAGGACAGCAAGAGGUCUAGAUUUGAGAAGCUUUGCAGAAGCAUAUGGUGAUUCUCUUGUUCAUUCUCUUUGCGAGUCCUAUAGACCCUAUGUGGAAAGUGGUCAUGUAGUUUGCUUGAACGAACAGAGACGGGCACUUGCUGCAGAUGAAUUCAAUUCAGUACUUUUUAAAGAGGACAAAGAUCAAGCGAAAAUGGCAUAUAUUUGGCUUAGUGAUCCGGACGGUUUCCUUCUAUCAAAUGAAAUGAUAUCACUUGCAUUUAGGGUGAUAUCACCGUAGCCCCUGAUCCAGCUUGAAGCUUGGAGCUGUUUUUACAAAUACAUUUUAUGGAUGCUCGAAAUUUGACCAACCAUUCCAUUACAUUAUUCAAGGAUGGCCUGUUGAAGUGGUAAUGCAACAAAAAAUUUUUGAUAAAGAAAGAUUUUUCUGCAUCCGACGCACUAUGAAGCAAAGCAAAUGAGAAAGAAACCAAUGAGAAAAAAGGGACCACUGUUUCCAUGUUAUCCGAAAGUUAAUACAGAUUUUCUACUAGGGACAAGUUUUUUAGAGUGUAUUUAGGAUAACCUCAAACUCCUGUCAUAUGUUUUGUUUAAUUAUGAAUUACAAUUAACUGUGGAAUUAUACUUUGUUGUAAUAAGGUUAAGAAGCAUGUUUUGAUUAAUACAAAUAUUUUUAUAAUCUGACUCCUUUCACAGCUA